CACCCUCUCUCUCAUAUACAAACACAUUCUCCAUCUCUCUCCCGCACACACUUACAUUCACGCACACACACGCGCACAGCGCAAGCAUCCUCUCUCUCAGCGCGACUCCUCCUCCGAGGAUCGGGAGUAAACCCAGUCAAACUUCCAGCAGAGAAGGGAUUCACAACAAGACAACAGAAAGGUGUGGGAAUGAUGCUUUAGCUGCAAGCUGCCAUCUGCUCCAUUGCUUCUUCCUUCAGGGCUGAUGCCCUCAUGGUGCAUCCCUCAACACGCAAUUCUCUGCCUGUCGUCCUCUAGCGUUUCAUGGACCUCCAAGUGACCCCCACCGUUCCACCCUUAGCCCCUCACCCCUAACCUUCCACCCCCUCACCCAGCCCCACUCCCAACCCCCAAUCAUGGUGGCCCGUGCUCUUGUGGUGGUGAUGAUGUGUCGAGGCGUGUUGCUGUCUGUCGGAGACCCGCCGCCGUCCCGCCGGGAGAUCCGCAUUGAAGGUGACCUGGUGCUGGGCGGCCUGUUCCCUGUGCAUGAGAAAGGAGGCGGCAUGGAGGAGUGCGGCCGUGUCAACGAGGACCGAGGAAUCCAGAGAUUGGAGGCCAUGCUGUUUGCUAUCGACGCCAUCAACCGGGAUCCCAUUCUAUUGCCCGGGGUCUCGCUUGGCGUCCAUAUCCUGGACACGUGCUCGCGAGAUACCUACGCACUGGAGCAGGCGCUGGAGUUUGUGCGCGCGUCUCUCACCAAGGUGGACGACUCAGAGUUCAUCUGUCCAGACGGCUCUUACGCUUUGCAGGAUGACAGCCCACUCGCCAUCGCUGGCGUCAUCGGCGGUUCCUUCAGCAGCGUCUCCAUCCAGGUUGCCAACCUUCUCAGGCUCUUCCAGAUCCCCCAAAUAAGCUACGCGUCCACCAGCGCCAAGCUCAGCGACAAAACCCGAUACGACUACUUUGCCCGCACCGUGCCACCCGACUUCUACCAGGCCAAGGCCAUGGCGGAGAUCCUGCGCUUUUUCAAUUGGACCUACGUCUCCACGGUGGCGUCGGAGGGUGACUACGGCGAAACGGGCAUUGAAGCCUUUGAGCAGGAGGCCCGCAUGAGGAAUAUCUGCAUUGCCACGUCGGAGAAAGUGGGACGUUCCAACGCCAAGAAGUCAUACGAAGCCGUAAUCCGCCAGCUCCUCCAGAAGCCCAACGCCCGUGUGGCCGUCCUGUUCCUGCGUAGUGACGAUGCCCGGGAAUUGCUGGCCGCUGCCGCCGGGCUCAACGCCUCCUUCAUCUGGGUGGCCAGCGAUGGCUGGGGGGCGCAGGAAAGCAUCGUUAAGGGCAACGAGGUGACCGCCGAAGGAGCCAUCACACUGGAGCUGGCCGCCAACCACGUGCCAGAGUUCAACCGCUACUUCCUCAGUCUGAACCCCUAUAAAAACCUCCGCAACCCCUGGUUCAAGGAAUUCUGGGAGCAGCGCUUCCAGUGCUCACUGGGCAACGGUGGAGGGGAAGCGCCUCUGAACCCCUGCGACAAGGACCUAUCCAUGGACAAGGUCAACUUUGAGCCUGAGUCCAAGAUCAUGUUUGUAGUAAACGCGGUGUAUGCCAUGGCCUACGCCCUGAACAAUAUGCAGCGCAGCCUCUGCUUCAACACCAGCACGCUGUGCGACAACAUGAAGGCCUUGGAUGGCCGCAGACUCUACCGGGACUUCAUCUUGAACGUCAGCUUCACAGCCCCGUUCUCCCCCGCCGGCAGCGAGACGGCCGUCAAAUUCGACUCCCAGGGCGACGGCGUGGGCCGCUACAACAUCUUCAGCUACCAGCGCUCAGGCGAGCGCUUCGCUUACGUGCCGGUCGGCGAAUGGGCCGAGAGUCUGAGUCUUAAUGGCGCUCUGAUUCAGUGGCCCAAGGAGGCGGCACCCAGCUCGCAGUGCAGCGACCCUUGUGAGCGCAAUGAGAUGAAGAAAAUGCAGGCAGGCGAGUACUGCUGCUGGAUCUGCACCGCAUGCGAGCCUCAUGAAUACUUGGCCGACGAGUUCACAUGCUCGCCCUGCGCUCCGGGUCAGUGGCCCACCGACGACUUGACAUCCUGCUACGAGCUCCCCGAGGAUUACAUCAUGUGGGAAGACGCGUGGGCCAUCGGGCCUAUUACCAUCGCCUGUGUGGGCUUCAUGUGCACGGGCUUGGUGCUGUGGGUGUUGGUCCGCCACAACGACACACCACUGGUGAAGGCGUCAGGCCGCGAGCUGUGCUACAUUCUCCUCCUGGGCGUCUUCAUGUCGUACACCAUGACCUUCCUUUUCUUGGCCAAGCCGUCUCCGGCCAUCUGCGCUCUGCGCCGCCUCGGCCUGGGCACAUCCUUCGCCGUCUGCUAUGCGGCGCUGCUCACCAAGACCAACCGCAUCGCCAGGAUCUUCGGCGGUGUCAAGGACGGAGCGGGCGCGGCCAGGCCACGCUUCAUCAGCCCGUCUUCUCAGGUCUUCAUUUGCUUGAGCCUGAUUUCGGUGCAGUUGGUGAUGGUGUCCGUGUGGCUGUUGCUGGAAGUUCCAGGCACGCGACGCUUCACCUUACCCGAGCGCCGGCAGACGGUCAUCCUCAAGUGCAACGUGCGCGACGCCAGCAUGCUGCUGUCGCUCAGCUACGACGUACUCCUGGUCAUCCUGUGUACUGUAUAUGCCUUCAAGACCAGGAAGUGCCCCGAGAACUUCAACGAGGCCAAAUUUAUUGGCUUCACCAUGUACACUACCUGCAUCAUCUGGCUGGCCUUUCUGCCCAUCUUCUAUGUCACAUCCAGUGACUACAGAGUCCAGACGACCACCAUGUGCAUCUCGGUGAGCCUCAGCGGUUUUGUGGUGCUCGGCUGCAUGUUUGCCCCCAAGGUUCACAUCAUCAUGUUCCAGCCCCAGAAGAACGUUACCAGUCACAGGCUCAACCUCAACCGCUUCAGUGUUAGCGGGGCGGCCGCCGCAUCCUACGCCUCUCACGUUUCCGUCAGCGCCCAUUACGUCCCAACCGUGUGCAACGGCAGAGAGAUUGUCGAUUCUACUACUUCAUCUCUGUGACCAUGUAACUCACCUGACCCUGACCCGACUGUUAGCCCCGCCCACUCAGGCCCUAUGAGCCAAUGAGGUUUUAUUGGCGUACUUAGUGUUGCAGCCUCCGUAACUCUCCGGUCCGAGCAUUGUAGAAAGUGUGUAUCUGUAAUUAAAUUAUUUUCUAAAAGGCUUGUAAAUACAUUGAAGGGACAUUGUUUUGAGUAGACUAUCAAAAAAGACAAAACAAAAAAAAAACAUUUUUAGGAGGUUCUUUUGGAGCCUUUAGUUUUUUUAAUAGCUUUGUUAUUAUGAUGUAAAUAGGUACAUGAUGCAGGUAAGGAAGCGGACCCUUGCAAUACCCCACUGACUUUUUAUUAUUGUUAUGAUGAUUAUUCUCAUGGUCUUUUUGUAGGUUCUCGUUGUAAUAAUAAUAAUAAUACUCCAAUGUUUGCAUUUCUAUUGUGUACCUUUUUGUGUUGUAUGGCCCACGGUUGAAACAGCACAAUGUGUGGGACACUAUUUGAGCAGGACUGAAUGUGAGUGCAAUGUACAAAAAAGAAGGUGAAAAAAACUACAUAAUGUAUGUUUUCAUGUUGCUUUUGAUACUUUUGUUUUUAUAUAAAACAAAUAGUCUAAACAUAGGAAUCCCUUUAUUCAAAUGGCCAUAGUUACGUCGUGUGUUCACCCAAGCAAUAGCAGAAAUACAAAAGAUGAUGGAUGCCGUGCUUGACUUUGCCGGAACAGAAAUUAGACUCGCUGGAGAUGACAAAAUAUUAAUAAUAAUGAAAUCAUAAUAUUAAGAGAGGACAAAGCUGCAAUGUUGCUGGAACAGAGUUAAAAUUACAAAAAUGUUAUCUUGCAAGAAUAAUAGAGAACAAAAUGUUACAACAUCAGAAAGUAUUACUAUAAUUUUUUUAAUAUAAAUGUUAUCAAAAGAAAGUUUGUGAAAAUGGAAUUUGUAACAAAAGAGAAACACUAAUGGAAAGAUUAUAUAAAGAUAAUAUAAAAAAAAACGUUCUUCCAGAUUUUUUAAUCAUUAUGAGGUGAAAAAAUUUACUCUUACGAGAAAACAGUCCAAAUAUUGUGUAACUUAUUACAAGACACACUUUAUAAUACCAACCACUACCAACCAGGAAUGCACUUAAAUGUCAAGCAAAAUAAGGAGAUUGUGCCACUGAGAACCACAUUGGGCUAACUCCAUUUUCUGUUACCUUGCGAGGUAAUUAAUAAAAAUUUUCUGGCUGCUUAAAUCCUGGGCGGUUUAUAUAUCGGCCAUUUAUCAGGCAACAAUUACUUCUUGUGGGUGAUGGACAGAAAUUUCGAUGUUGGCAUUUUGCAGGAUUCAGUGUUUGCGAGAAUGGAGUUAGCCCACUGUCGUUCUGAGUUCUCUACUGAAAUGAAAGUUGUGCUUGGAUGAACACAUGUUGUGUUGGAGGAAAGAGACGAGUGAUAGCUGCUUCUUCUGAUCUGUCUUCUUUUGUGUCUGUGAUGUUUUCAAUAUGGCAAUGUGCCUUAUUAUGUAAGUGUGAUAGAGCUCGGUUGGAGAUUGUAAAAGGUCACUUUUUAAACAUUUUAAAAACAAACAAAAGAGUGAUCUACACUAUGCCAGUUUAGCAUUUUCCCCUCUUCUGUCCUUGUCCAUCUUGCAAUUAAAAGCACAUCAAGCGUUCACGUGCAUUGAGAUUAUUGCGUGUAACGUGUUAUCCGGAUGCUGAAUGGUGCAGCUGCAUGGCAGAGGAGCCAUCCCACACAACACCAACAUAUUAGGAACAACACACAACACCAUACUUAAACAUAUCUUACUUAUUCAAAUCAAAAAACAACACAACAAAACCACCAACAACAUAAAUACAAUACAAAUUGACACAAAACACAACCAAAUGCAAACAAUACAAAGAACAAAACAGAAAUGAAGCACACAACACAGAUACAAGACCAAAACAAUCGAAACACGAAUAUGAAACAAUAGAACAAAAACAAAACUAGAACAAAUCCGCACAAACAUAAUCUAAAAAUAUAAAGCAAUGUAAAAAAUAAGAACAUAACACAAAAAGUUAUCAACAGAACAUGGCACAACUACAAACAAAAUCCCCACCAAAAAAAAAACCCACACACAAGCACAAAACAUGUCUUCCACAACGGAGGUUUGCUUCCCAAUUUGUCUUUUACAAAGUAUUGUGAUCUUUUCUGUACAACUCUUUAUGGCUGUAUUUGAAUUUGGUCAUUAAGCACUAAUGGCACUAAGUCAUACAUUUGAAGAAUUUUUUAAAAGAGUUUGUGUGUGAAUGUGUGCGCAACAUUCUGUACUGCCAGAUUAUGAAAAGUACUCACACAACUCAUGGCACGAACUCAAAGCAACACACAUGCACAAAUACACACACACACACACACACACACACACACACACACACAAAGGCUUUGUUCACACAAGACUCAGUCAUUCCUACAAAGAUGCACCCCGCAUUGAUGGUGAGGUUGCUAUGGACGACCGCAUCCAGCACGUCAACUUGCAGACGACUGAAUUGAAUUGGGGGGUGGUGGCAGUGGUGGUGGGGGGGGAAGUCUCGCCUGGUGAUUGGCUGAUGAGUUUUUGGCUCAGUAAGUUGGCAUCUUAACUGCACACUUAACCCCAGUUAUGCGCUCGCUAAGUGGACCAAAUGGUCUCACACUCUUCAUGUGAGCCCCCACCCACCACCACCACCAACCCACCCAUGUCCAACAGCUUACCUCUCGUUCCUCCAUGUGAGAGAGAAGUUUGGAUGAUUACGGGGGUGGUUUCUAUGUGAUGUGUGGGAUGUUAUAUGUGCUUUGUUGCAGCUGCAGCUGUUGUGAAAUGCACUAUAUGAAUAAAAUUGUAUUGUAUGGUA